AUGGCAUUGAGACGAGGAAAGGAUCGCGUCUCGGCCGCUGGCUCGGAAGAGCUCCAACUCUGGUAUGCAGUGCGACAAAAUCUUCGUACGCUCGAAAAGAUCCGCAUUGCAUGCGUCGACAAAGCGUGUUCCGCCGAAUCACUUCGUACCGAUCUCGUGACGCUCAAAGAGAAACGCGAGACCGGCGAUGAAUACCGUACCAAGCGACGCAAGCUCGACGACACUUGCCACGACCUUACCAGUCGAACAAAAGAUGAACUUGCAGCUAUCGAGUCGGCCCAAGAGAAGCUCGGCAUCUUGGUCGCCCUUCGCAGUCCUUCCGAUGGUGCUGGUGGUCGAGGCGCUACACCGCGCAAAGAUCUAGCCUCUAAAGUCAGAAGCGCUUCCAACACUCCAACUCCUAGUGGCAGAAGAGCAGGCGGUGCUUUGGGUCCAUCCAAUCUCAGCUCCUCCUCCAGUGCAGCUUCCAACGCACCGAAUAGAGGCCGACGAGAGACGCUUACAGCUCAACACCCUCUUACCUCAGGAAGAAAGGUUGCCGUAUUGCCGAGCAAAACAAACGAAGAAUCAGAUUGGCUCAAAGCGUCCGUCCUCUCCUACGCAAAGUCUUCAAACGAAUAUACGGUGCAAGACGACGAUGAACCAGGUGCAGAAGGAACAUACAAGGUUGGAAUGGACAACAUCAUCCCCUUGCCGGUAAGUUUGCAAACUAUGCCAGCUUCGGAUUACCCUCCAGGCUCGAGGGUGCUAGGGAUGUAUCCAGAUACAAGCUGUUUCUAUGGUGCUACCGUCAAGAGUGGUGGUCCGGGCUUGUCUAGGAACGCGAACUUGGCAAAACUGAUCAAGAAGGAAGCAGAAAUGUUGGAGGCCAAGUACAACUUGGAAUUCGAUGACGAUAAUGGUGAGAUUAGACAGGUUCCCGCUUGGUUGGUUGUGCAAGGGCCUGGGAUGUGA